UUGAGGGAAAAUGAGAAAAUGGUGAUGUGGUACGAAGAAGGCGAGAAGAGGAGCCGGAGUGAGGGAUAAAAUCGUCCAUGGGGAUCUGAGCAGCCCAGCUGAAGAAUAACGGAAUCCCAAGUUUUCGAGGAUAAGACAGCUGCUUUGAUUAAAGCUCUCCAAUUAACUUCAUGUGGAAAAACAGAGGGAGGAAAUCAGCUUCCUGAUCGGGGGGUGGGGGAUAGAAAGAAUAUAUUAUUCAUGCCUUGUGUAAGAGCAAUUGGAGAACCGGCUUCGCUGUGGCCUAGAUGAUACAUAUGUAUGUAUUUAUAUGUAUCUUAAAACAUGAAACUUUAGGAGGAAGAGUGGACCUUAAAAAUACAGAGAGGGAGGGCGAAUGACACUCGAGUAGCCUCAAAGUAAAAGCACUUGCGCAAAAAGAAAAAGGCUGAAGUGGGUUGAAGCAUGGGCUGUGCUUCAAGUAUUCAUAUCUCUGAUAGGGUGGUCUACCACAGUGGAAAAGAGUCCGAGGAUUCCCACUCACCCCAGCAGACUAAUACCACUCAGCAUCAAGGAAAUCCUGCCUCGGGACUACCCCUAAAACCCCAGAGCUGCAAGACCACAUUAACAGAGGUGCAAUUUGGACCAAUGAAGUUAUUUAAAGACCCACUUCAGGUACUUUUAGUUUUUGCCAAAGAGGACAGUCAGAGUAAUGGCUUCUGCUGGGCAUGUGAGAAGGCUAACUUCAGGUGCAGCAUGGCGCGAACACCCGAGUCGGCUCUUGAGUGCUUCUUGGAGAAGCAUCACGACCUCGUCAUCAUUGACCACAGACAUUCCAGACACUUUGACGCUGAAGCACUAUGCCGGUCAAUUAGAGCGGUCAACUCCUCAGAAAACACUGUGAUAGUCGCCGUUGUGAAAAGGCCAGACAGAGAGGAAGCCUCUGUGAUGCCCCUGAUCAAUGCCGGCUUUAAUAGGAGAUAUGUGGAGAAUGCCAAUAUGAUGGCCUGCUACAAUGAGCUGCUACAGCUGGAGCAUGGAGAGGUGCGGGCGCAGUUCAAAUUGAGGGCUGGAAAUGCUAUUUUCACAGCUCUAGAACAAAGCCAAGAGGCCAUAGAGAUCACUUCUGAAGAUCAAGUAAUUCAAUACGUGAACCCUGCCUAUGAGUCCAUUAUGGGUUACCAACAAGGCGAGCUAAUAGGGAAGGAAAUAAUAGAAGUGCCUAAAAGUGAGAAGAAUAAGCCUGAUCUCCUUGAAACAAUAAACUCCUGCAUACGGAAAGGAAAGGAGUGGCAGGGGAUUUAUUAUGCCAAAAAGAAGAAUGGAGACAGCAUUCAGCAAAAUGUGAAGAUCACACCUGUAAUAGGACAGGGAGGAAAAAUCAGACACUAUGUGUCUAUCAACAGGCCUUUAAAUGAUAAUAAUAAGAGUGAUAAAUCCAGUGAACGUGUGCAGGCAGAGUCUCAGACAGACAUCCAAUCCAGUAAGCACAAAGACCGGAGGAAAGGCUCUCUUGACGUCAGAUCCACAACAUCUCGGGGGAGCGAUGGGAGCUCACAGCGAAGGCACUCCUCAAUGGCCCGCAUCCACUCCAUGACUAUAGAGGCUCCCAUUACCAAGGUAAUCAACAUCAUCAAUGCAGCACAGGAAAGCAGCCCUAUGCCCGUAGCAGAAGCCUUGGAUCGGGUACUGGAGAUCCUGAGGACCACUGAGCUCUAUUCCCCACAGUUGGGCACCAAGGAUGAAGACCCCCAUACAAAUGACCUCGUGGGGGGGCUGAUGACGGAUGGUUUACGCAGAUUGUCAGGAAAUGAAUACAUAUUUUCCACAAAACAGCCCCACCAUAUCCCCAGUCACCUGACAACUCCUCUGUCGUUAAAUGACAUACCUCCUCGUAUCGCCCACACCAUGGAGAAUGAGGAGUCUUGGGACUUUGACAUCUUCAACUUGGAGGCUGCAACCAUGAAACGGCCAUUGACCUACUUGGGCCUGACGAUCUUCUCCCGCUUUGGGGUCUGCGAGUUCCUAAACUGCCCUGAGGCGACUUUGCGCUCCUGGCUACAAGUGAUUGAAGCGAACUACCACUCUAGUAACUCCUACCACAACUCCAGUCAUGCAGCUGAUGUCCUGCACGCAACGGCAUAUUUUCUCUGCAAAGAGAGGGUCAAGCAAAGCUUGGAUCCCAUUGACGAGGUGGCCGCCCUGAUUGCUGCUACUGUGCACGAUGUGGACCACCCAGGCCGCACCAACAGCUUCCUGUGCAACGCAGGAAGCGAGCUGGCGAUCCUCUACAAUGACACAGCUGUGCUAGAGAGCCACCAUGCAGCACUGGCCUUCCAGAUCACCACAAGAGAUGACAAGUGCAACAUCUUCAAGAACAUUGAAAGGAAUGAAUAUCGAACACUACGACAGGCCAUCAUUGAUAUGGUGCUCGCAACUGAGAUGACUAAACACUUUGAACAUGUCAACAAAUUUGUCAACAGCAUCAACAAGCCACUGGCUGCUUUAGAGGAGAAUGGGGGAAACAGUGAUGAGGAAUCUGUUAAAAGCAUUCUGACAUCCCCCGAGAAUCGCAUCCUUGUCAAGCGGAUGCUGAUUAAGUGUGCAGACAUCUCCAAUCCUUGCAGGCCUCAGGAGCUCUGUAUAGAAUGGGCCGGGCGCAUCUCAGAGGAGUAUUUUGCACAGACGGACGAGGAGAAGAGACAAGGUCUACCAGUGGUUAUGCCUGUGUUUGACAGGAAUACAUGUAGCAUCCCAAAGUCCCAGAUUUCCUUCAUAGACUACUUCAUUACGGACAUGUUUGAUGCAUGGGAUGCUUUCGCAGACCUCCCCAAUCUUAUGCAGCACUUGGACAACAACUUCAAGUACUGGAAAGGCCUGGACGAGAGGAAGCUUCACAGCCUGCGACCGCCUCCAGAGUAGACGCCGCAGUGUUCGGCCCUGGGACUCUGCAGUCCGGGGCAGCCGUCCUCUCCGCUGCUGGGGCGUCUCUCUCCCUGCCAGCCCAGCCAGCCAAAGGGCCUCCUCGCCUUCACUCUCCUGCUUCUGUAGCACGCCAAGCGUCCACACGUCCGUUGAUACAGAAACCACAGAUGGACUUCCUGACAGGCAGCUACGGCAAUAACAAUGCUGGAUUUACAACCCUGUCAGAUGAGAACUGUGACAAACAGACACAGACACAAAACCGCAUCCUUAUGAACUUCUUGUGCCUCUCAGGCAUUUGCAGUGUAGCCGGUCAAGUGACAUAACUGAGAGAAGGUCCUUACAGGCCUCCUGGCAAAGCAUCCGUCCCCUAAUUACCAUGUGGGCUCUCCUGUUUGCCUGUGAAGUUGCUGUUGAGUAAAAACUGCUUGUUUACUGAAGGAUCAAGGAACACUGGAGGAGUGGAUGGAAGUGUGGUCUGGAUAUGAAGGUCUCCGAUCCUUGUCAGGCCAUAUAAUCACCUUUGACCUCCAUCCCUGUGCUCGCAGCAAGGCAGGACUGCUCCUUCUGCCCCUGGAGACCACGCCAUGAA